GGAAGUAGUCGAUUCAACGCAAGUAGCAUGAGCUAACGUUACAGCUUGCUCGUUUGACAACAUCCUCUGUCUUAUCUGUCAGAGCCCAAACAUGUAAGGGUAAAUUUCGUUGCGAUAACUGAGUCCACCGCAGACUGUUUGUUGAAGGCAGUGAAAUGGUUGCAGCGAGUCCGACAUAAGAGGAAAAAAAAAAACGGAAACGGCUAAUUUGCUAACAGACAUAUUCAUGUGCGUUUUGGGUUUUUUAGCGUCGUAUCGCUAGUUUGUCGCCAGUAUGGACCUGUAGCUAAAGUAGAGUUUUCUUUCGUACGGUUUCUGUUCGUUUAUUUUCGCGACUUGGUGUUUAAUUUGGGCUCCAAAAUAAGGAAGUGAGCUCGCACACCCUGCAGGCCUUCAUGUGUGUUUUGUUUUCUGCUUUGAAACAUCGUUGAAAGUCUGUGUGUGGGGGAGAGAGAGUCCCUUUUAGCUCGCUAACAAGUCAGCAGCAGCAACUUUGAUGAGCUAAGAGUUGCCGCAACCCGGCCGUUAUAAUGAGUUUCUUUAGUUUUGGACAAAGCGCAGAAAUCGAUGUUGUCCUCAACGACGCCGAAACGAGGAAGAAGGUUGAACACAAGACCGAAGAUGGGAAGAAAGACAAAUACUUCCUUUUCUACGACGGCGAGACGGUCAGCGGGAAGGUGAACGUGACGCUGAAGAACCCCGGGAAGAGGCUGGAGCAUCACGGCAUCAAAAUCGAGUUUGUCGGCCAAAUAGAGCUGUAUUACGACAGAGGAAACCAUCAUGAAUUUGUUUCCUUGGUAAAGGAUCUCGCAAGACCCGGUGAAAUAACCCAGUCGCAGACCUUUGACUUUGAGUUCACGCACGUUGAGAAACCCUACGAGUCGUACACAGGCCAGAAUGUCAAGCUACGGUACUUCCUGCGCGCCACGGUGAUAAGAAGAUUAAAUGACAUAAGUAAAGAGAUGGACAUCGUGGUCCACACACUGAGCACCUACCCUGAACUCAACUCCUCCAUCAAGAUGGAAGUUGGAAUCGAGGAUUGCCUUCAUAUUGAGUUUGAGUACAACAAAUCCAAAUACCAUCUGAAGGAUGUGAUUGUGGGAAAAAUCUAUUUCCUGCUGGUGAGGAUUAAAAUCAAGCACAUGGAGAUCGACAUCAUCAAACGCGAGACGACUGGCACCGGCCCGAGCGUCUACCACGAAAACGACACUAUCGCAAAGUACGAGAUCAUGGACGGAGCGCCUGUUAGAGGGGAAUCUAUUCCUAUCCGAUUAUUUCUGGCCGGUUACGAUCUGACUCCGACCAUGCGAGACAUCAACAAGAAGUUCUCUGUGCGCUACUACCUGAAUUUGGUAUUGAUAGACGAGGAGGAGAGACGCUACUUCAAACAACAGGAAAUCACACUGUGGAGGAAAGGAGACGUGGUGAGGAAAAGCAUGUCCCACCAGGCCGCCAUCGCCUCGCAGAGGUUCGAGGGUUCGGCCGCGUCGGAGAGCGCCCUGGAACAGGCCGCCAAGGAGGAGAGCGGGUAAAGCCGCCGCCGCCCUCCUGGCGCGGCUCGCCCGGCAUCUGCACCGGGGCGGAUGAUUACCUGACAACUGUGCAAACAUCUGGCGAGGCAGCUGUCUCACCCGUAGCCGUGCUGGUAAAGCAAAGUAAUAAGGGAGGAAAAACAAAACAAAAAAAACCCCGUGCACACUAAUACCGUGCGUGAACUAUAAAACAGUUUGCAUGAGGCGUUCAGGGUGGCUCCAGGCUCCUUCCUCACACGUGCUUUUUAUUAUUUUCUGUACAGGAAUCAAACUAAUCACCUGUCGCAGUGUCUGCUGUGUAAGAUCACACACACACAAAAAAAAAAAAGAUUUCAUUUUUACGCCUUGUUCAUUAUGCUCUAAUACUUUUUGGAUACAUUGGGUUUUUUUUCCCUUUUUCUUUGCUUUAAAGUGAAUUUUCAACCAAGCGAGUCUCUGACAUUCCAUGUCGAAUGAAUGAAUGAAUUCCCGUAAGGUCUAAAAACGAAAACGACGACAAAAAAAAAAAAAAAAAAAAAAAAGAGAGAAUCAACUUUGCACUGCUUGAUCUCGCUGAACACGUUUUCCUUUUUUGCACAAAGCGCAUCGGAAACUGGAAUCUCUUGGUCCCUUUUGGGCAAGAGCUCUGAAGUAUUAUACCAAUUUUUUUUUUUUUUUUUUUGGUUUUUCUAAUCUGUAAAUAAAACCAGUCAAACCUGUUAACCUGUUCCAGCUUGUUUAGGUUGACUAUCCCGUUCACAGAGCUACAGAUUGACCUUGUCAUGUCCAUGUGUGCUUUACCUCGGCAUUCCAGUGGUGUUUCGGAGAAGUGUUUGUAUUAGGGUCCGACCGUACGGAGUCAUCUGUAUCCUCCUCAUUAGAGACUUGAAAGUUGUGCCUAUGUGUAUUAAGCUAAUGAAAAUCUUCCUGCCUCUAACAUGAUUUUAGUCUUUUAACCAGAGAAAAAUUACAGUAGAACUAUCUAUCUUUUGCAAAAUGCUUAUCGAUUACUCCUCAUUCCCAAACGUCCAAUAAAUUGAUGCCAAAUGGAAAA